AUGUUUACCCCAGAAUUGAAAAGACGAUGCAGAGCCCACUUGGAUAAAUACACUCAUUUGCAAAUCAAUUUGGUUUUCACGGGAGACUCAACCAAAUCUCUCAUUUAUGAUAUUCUUCAGCUGAAUGUGCUGCACGAAGGCCGCCUUAGGUUUCACUUGAUGUUGGAAAAAAACCUGUCCACUACCCAUGAACAUACGGUGAUCAAAACUAUGGUCGAAAACUUGGUGCUGAUCGCCGACGAAAUGGACCGAGUAGAUCACAAAAACUGCAGCCAAACUCCCCAUGACCUGACGAAUUCCAUUCCUGUUCGAAUCGUUGGGGAUGCUGCUGUGAUGUUGUUGACUCAAGGCAUAUUAUCUAAAAGUUACGCAAGUAUCCCGUUGGAACCACAGUUUCCUGCCUCCCAUUAUAAUCGGUGGUAUUUUGUGCGUCACCAUUGUAUACUUCAAGCUGUGAACUCUGAAGGUUCCAGUCCACCAGGAAUGAGGCGAUCAUAA